CUGGGUUUCCUCUGACCUGGGCCGGGUUAAGCCUCCAGCCUUUUCCUCUGAACUUUCUCCUCUGACCCAGAGUACGGCACAGAUUAUCCUGUGCCCGCCGCACGCACCCGGGAGGUCCUCAUGGCCAGCCUGAGCCCCUCGCAGCUGCAGAAGUUCCGGGAUGACGGCUUCCUGGUGCUGGAGGGGUUCCUGACGGCCGAGGAGUGUGCGGCACUGCAGGAGAGGAUCAGGGAGCUCGUGGCAACCAUGGAAGUACCCCCGCACUGCCGCACGGAGUUCUCCACGCAGCAGGAGGAACAGCUGCGAGCCCAGGGCAGCACAGACUACUUCUUGAGUAGCGGCGACAAGAUCCGGUUCUUCUUCGAGAAAGGCGUUUUUGACCAGAAAGGAAAUUUCCUGGUACCUCCGGAGAAAUCCAUCAACAAAAUUGGCCAUGCGCUGCACGCCAGGGACCCCGUCUUCAAGUCUGUCACACACUCCCCCAAGAUGCAGGCCCUGGUCAGAAGCCUGGGCCUCCAGAGGCCAGUGGUCGUGCAGAGCAUGUACAUCUUCAAGCAACCUCGCUUGGGAGGAGAAGUGUCCUCCCAUCAGGACGCCUCCUUUCUGUUCACGGAGCCGCUGGGUCGGGUGCUGGGCGUGUGGCUGGCGCUGGAAGACGCGACCGUGGAGAACGGCUGCCUCUGGUUCAUCCCUGGCUCCCACACUGGGGGCGUGUCCAGGAGGAUGGUGCGGACCCCCGCUGGCUCAGAGAUGCCCACCAGCUUCCUGGGGACGGAGCCCACCCGCGACCACAGCCUCUUUGUGCCUGCGCCUGUGCCGAGAGGCGCCCUGGUGCUCAUCCACGGGGAGGUGGUGCAUAAGAGCGAGCAGAACCUCUCGGACCGCUCCCGCCAGGCCUACACCUUCCACCUCAUGGAGGCCGCCGGCACCGUGUGGAGCCCGGACAACUGGCUCCAGCCCACUGCGGAACUGCCCUUCCCGCCUCUGUACUCCUGAGAGUCCCGGGGGUAGCCCUGGAGGGCCCGCCUGGCUGCGCGCUACCCACCAGGCUGCGCAGCCCCUGUGAGUGGCUCCUUUCCUCCCGGCUGCACAAGGCAGGUGGGCACCCUCAUGGAUUCCCCACCUCAGGGCAGCCUCCGAGGGGACCAACGUGCUCGGACCCGCACCCACCCACACCCGCCGUACCUGGACUUCUUCGCCUCCCUCCAAUGCUGUUUUUGGAUGGCACAAGACACGGAAUAAACGCU